AUGAAUGACAAAUGCUUAGUAGCGUUAGUAGCAUGUUUGCUAUUAAUAUCAGUUGAAGGAUGUGGAAUUACUACACAUAUGUUGAUAAGUCACAGGGCAAGAUUUCAUUUUCUGGGAAAUGGAAAAACAGUGGAUUACCAGAAGUUAAUGAACAACCACAAUGAUGCUUUCUUGGCUGGAAGUGCGUUUCCUGAUGCCUUUUAUAGUAAUUUGUGUAAAGAAGGUAAUUACAGCCAAGUAUCAGAAGACACCCAUUGGACACCUUUUAUUACCGCCUCAGUGAACUACAUCAGGAACAAGUAUCCACAACCAUGGAACGAGGCCACAGAAAAGCUUGUAGUUUUCAUUCUUGGAAUAAUGUCUCAUCAAGUGUCAGACGUGGUAUGGCAUAGUCUAGGAAUUGAACAGGGAUUCAUUCCAACUCUAGCUGCCGUAGAUUUUCAUGGAAACUAUAGCUUGGCCCAUGAAGCAGCAGAUUUAGGUGGUGAUGUGAUAUCUGUGUGGGACAUGGAAGUCUUUGAGGACCUUGACCCAACAGAGGACUGGUACGUUCCGACUGAAGACCUGUUCAACAUAUAUCAACAAUAUUAUAGCAGUGUUAAGAUAGACAAAGAUACAAUAGACUCCUGUUCAACACUUCUAGUUUUAGCGAGCAUUGCAGAAAUAUAUGGACUUCCGGAGCUUUAUCAAGUAGUUGCUGAAACGAGCCCAUUUUUAGAAAAUAAUAUGGAGGAUUAUUUUCUGGGUGGAUUAAAUGAUAUGGUUGGAUGGUCUAACAGAAACUGGCAAAAUGGAGUGACAUUGUUAGAAAAAGGCACAAGUGCCUGUAAUUUAAACCAUAAUCCACUAUUUGUACAUUGUAAUACAUCAACAUCAGUUGAGCUUGAAACAAAUAGAAAUGUGAGAAACAAGAAUGGUUAUUUCAUACAACCAGACAUGCAUGGUUUGACAAUAGAUGAUAUGGAAGUACAAACACAACACAGAGGAAUAACGAUAACAGCUUCAGAUAAAUUGAAGAAAGAUAUUCGUUCGAAGUUAAAUCACAGACGAUUAGAGAAACAGAAACUCAGAAAAAACCAAGAUAACAAUGAUCCCCGUACUGGUAUUUAUGCAGUUAACAGUUCAUAUGCUAAACUUGGAUGGUCCUUAGAGACGGGAGACGUCGAUGGAGAUGGUUUUGAAGAUUUACUCAUUGGUGCUCCAGGAUAUAGUGUACCGGGAAGUGUACAAGAAGGCAGAGUUUACAUCAUAUAUGGAAAUGAUUCUGAUUCUGGAGGAUUUGAUUAUUAUGGAAUAAACUUGGAUGUUAAUUCUCGUUUUAAUCCCAUUCAUGAUCACAUUACAAUGAUAAAUGGAUAUCACAACAAACAAUCGAGAUUUGGAUCAGGCCUGGCUGUUUUGGAUAUAAACCUUGAUGGCAUAUUAGAUAUAGCUGUAGGAUCUCCUGCAUAUUGGAUUGAUAGCCCGUUGGAAUAUAAGGGAUUAAUUUCAAUAUAUCUCGGAACAAAGACUAGAAUGUAUAAAGAAGUUGACAUUGUCAUAACAUGUCAGAGCCAGUAUUGUAACCUUGGAUACAACCUUGAAUCUGGUGACAUCGAUGGAGACGGACAUAAUGACCUUAUUAUUGGUCUACCAUUUUAUACAGAUAAAUAUAAUCAGAGUGGACUUGUGGCUGCAAUGAUGUCAAGCAAAGAUGUUCCAGUACACAAGACCAUUGCAUUUGAAAAUCUAAAAUGGAGGCAGAUUCCAGAUAAAGAGCAACCAUACGCUUGGUUUGGUUUUAAUGUUGUUGCCAAGAAACAAACAUUGAAAAUAAGUUCACCAAAUGUACGGAAGUGCAUCGAUCCUGUCUGUAAGUUUGAUCUACACGACGUCCAGGAAACAGGUCGUGCAGAUAUUUAUAAUUAUGGAAAUAUAUCCACAAUUAAAAACCUGACAAUACUUGGCACAAUAGCCCAUGAAUCUGCAGGCUACAGCUUAGACUUUGGAUAUUUAUAUGACAAAGUGACAAUGAUUCUUGCAGUAGCAUUUCCCGGAAUGACUGUUGAAGGUUCAUAUCUGACACUACCUGUCAAUUUAACUCGUGCUGGGAUGGUUAUUCUGUAUAAUAUGACAGGUUCGACACCUGUUGAAGUUGCUAGAUUUGAGGGUAACAGUAGAUAUGGUGGAUUCGGUACACUUGUUAUGAUUGAAGAUGUGAACGGAGACGGUACUGAUGAUUUGUUGAUAGGAGAACCAUCCCGAAACAGCAACAAAGCGGAAAUUAUCAAUGAUGUGGAUGGACUGGUGUAUGUGUAUUAUGGUGGGAAAAGCUUUCCAAAAGGGGAUGCAACAAGGGUACAUUGUGGCUUGACAAAACCUUGUCCACAGAAAGCAGCUAAUUUUCUAACAAAACAAUUUGACUACAUUGGUGUAAAUAAUGGAUAUAAAAGUAGAAUUCUGAAAACCAAGACAGAACAGAUUUUGUUUACAUCUGACAUACGCUACCCUUUCAGUGAAGAUGUUGUUUACGCUGGGGAACGCUGUGGUGGUGUUCAUCAUUAUUAUGUUAAUAGGCAGUAAAUAUGGUAGAUUAGACUAGUCGCAUGUUGCUAGUUUUAAUCGUUGUAAACAAGAUCGACAUGUUUUCAAUUACAAUUGUAUAUCUGAAAUUCGUUCACUGUGUUGAUGAUCAAAAACCAAUUGAUUGGACUACCUCAUUUCGAUUUUAAUGAACAGUUGUUUCAUCGUUCAACAACAAUUAUUCUGUUUAAAAUAACAGAUGACACGUUUCCGGAAAAUUGAGUUUGUCUCUAUUUAUCAACAGUAAUUAAUCAUAUUAUAAAAUAAUGGUUCCA